CAAAAGUCGAGUGGUGUUUACCCAGAAGUUUGCCGGUUUCAAAACUAAGUUGAUGUCACUGCUAAAUUCGACCAAUCUUUUGACCAGCCGAUAUAUUGUCUUUUUCCUCCGUCGAGCAAACACCACUCUUGUUUAUAAAAGAAACAUGUUCUCUCUACAAAACAUGUUUUUGUGGAUGUCAGCGAGAUCACGGAUGGUUCCUAUAGGAAACCUUGGAAAAACUAGGUCUGCUACAACACUGACAGAUCCAGGUGCUUUUACUGAGAUGGUGAAGUCAGUCAUACCACCAUUAACCUUUGACAAACAUAAAGGCCAAGCUGGAAGAGUUGCUACAAUUGGUGGAUCAUCAUCCUAUACUGGUGCCCCAUUUUUUUCGGCCAUGUCAGCUCUUCGACUGGGUUGUGAUUUAUCCAUUGUGUUCUGUACCCCGGACUCUUCUGUAGCAAUAAAGUCGUACAGUCCUGAGAUUAUUGUGCAUCCUUUUCUUAAUACUAGUAAUGGCUUAGAACAGAUUACUAGUAUGUUGAAUAAAUUCCAUGCUACAAUUAUUGGUCCAGGACUUGGAAGAGAUGACUCAUUGUUACCAACAAUCAAGAGCAUAAUUAAUAAAUGCAGAGAUCUUGAUAUGCCAUUAGUGAUUGAUGCAGAUGGUGUAUUCUUUGUAUCCCAAGAUCCUGAUAUGAUUAAAAAUUAUAACAAGGCCAUCUUAACACCAAACGUGGUAGAAUUCAAACAUCUUUUCCAAAAUGUGGUCGGGGAGGAUCCUAAUCCAGAUGAGCCAAUUCACGAUGUCAUGGUGUUGGCACGUGCUCUAGGAAAUGUUACAAUUGUUAGGAAAGGUCUGAAUGACAUCAUUGCAGAUGGCAAUAAAAUACUAGUGUGUUGUGGUGAGGGAAGUCCACGGCGAUGCGGUGGUCAGGGCGAUAUUCUGUCAGGAACCAUGGGAACCUUUACAUGCUGGGCAAAUAUGGUAUUUUCCAAGGAAUCUCAAGUUCAAAACACAAUGCUACAGACGUAUGGUCCUAAUAUAUGUGCUGCAUAUGGGGCAUGUUUGCUGACAAGACAGUGUGCAAAACAAGCAUUUGCACAAAUGGGUAGGCAGAUGACAACUACUGAUAUGAUGGCUGAACUUCAUAGAGCAUUUGUAUAUCUUUACGAAUGACGCCAGAUGGAAAGCAAGUUGUGACUAAUACCCACAUCAAAACCACAACCACAAACAACUACAACAGGUUUUUAGCCCCACCAGACACAGAUGUGUCAGAACAUGGGCCUAUAACUUUAGUUCCAUACAAACAAACAAAC